AUGAGUACCAAAGUUGUAGCUCCACGUAAGAAGAGGCUUUCUGAAGGUUUAACUGUUACCCAAAAGGUCUUUAUUAGAUCUAGAAAUGGGGGAGCAACCAAAAUUAUCAGGGAACAUUAUCUAAGAAACGAUAUACCAUGUUUAUCUAAAAGUUGUACUAAAUGUCAAAGUAUAGUUGUCCCGGAUGCGAAGAAUGAACUUCCGAAAUUCAUUCUUUCAGAAGAACCACCAAAACUAUCCAAAAUUGGGAAACAUUAUGUUGUCGUAGAUACAAACAUCGUUCUGCUUGCGAUAGAUCUUCUCGAGAAUGUUAGUUGCUUUUUCGAUGUCAUCGUUCCACAAAUUGUACUAGACGAAGUUAGGAACAGAUCUUACCCAGUUUAUACAAGAUUGAGAACACUUUGUAGGGAUAGUGACGAUACUAAAAGAUUUAUUGUCUUCCAUAACGAAUUUAAUGAGAAGACAUUUAUUGAUAGACUUCCCAAUGAAACCAUCAAUGACAGAAAUGAUAGAGCAAUCAGAAAGACUUGUGAAUGGUACGCCGAACAUUUGAAAGCUUAUGGUAUUAAUAUUAUUCUAGUGACAAAUGAUAGGUUAAAUAGAGAGGCUGUGAAGAAGGAGUCCGAAUCUCAUGGCUAUUUUACAAAGAGUCUUUAUGAGUACGCUGAUUUACUUUCCAAUGCAGAUGAAAUCAAAGAAUUAAUUCCAAAUGUUGAUAAUUAUGCCGAAUCAAAAGAAUUACUACCAGAAGAUAUGUCUGAGAUCGUGUUCCCAGAAUACUACCAAACUUCAAGAGUUAUGGGCGGUUUACGUAGCGGUUCUUUGUUCCAAGGUAAUGUCCAAAUUUCAGAGUAUAAUUUUUUGGAAGGUUCUGUCUCACUACCAAGAUUUUCUAAACCUGUUUUAAUUGUUGGUCAAAAGAACUUGAACAGAGCAUUUAAUGGUGAUCAAGUUGUAGUAGAACUUCUACCUGAAACUGAGUGGAAAGCACCAUCGACCUUAACUUUAGAUUCUGAACAUUUUGAUGUAAAUGAUAACCCAGAUGGUCAAGGUGAAGACGAUCAAUUCACAAAUGAAAAUUCCACCACUGUGAUAAGUGACAAACAAAGAAGAUUGUUAGCUAAAGAGGCAAUUAAUGCUCAAAAAUCCAAAAAGGUUCAACCAACUGCGAAGGUGGUUUCUAUUACAAGAAGAUCCUGGAGACAAUAUGUCGGUCAAAUUGCGCCAAGUUCAGUUGAUGGAAAGACAAACGGAAUACAGAAUGUAUUUGUUAUUCUUAUGGAUAAAUGUCUACCAAAGAUCAGAAUCCGCACCAGAAGAGCUCAAGAAUUACUAGGGAAGAGAAUUGUGAUAUCGGUAGAUUCAUGGCCAGAGACAUACAAAUAUCCUCUUGGACACUUUGUAAGAGAUCUUGGUGAUGUCGAGAGCACAGAAGCCGAGACAGAGGCCUUACUAUUAGAACAUGACGUCGAGUAUAGACCAUUCUCCAAGAAGGUAUUGGAAUGUCUUCCAGCAGAGGGACACGACUGGAAAGCACCUGCUAAGUUAGAUGAUCCAGAAGAGAUCUCCAAGGAUCCAUUGCUGCCAAAGAGACAAGAUCUGAGAGACAAGCUUAUCUGUUCCAUCGAUCCUCCCGGUUGUGUUGAUAUCGAUGACGCCUUACACGCAAAGAAAUUACCAAAUGGUAAUUGGGAGGUGGGUGUUCAUAUUGCAGACGUUACACAUUUUGUAAAAACUGGUACUGCAUUAGACGGUGAAGGUGCCUCAAGGGGUACCUCUGUAUACCUUGUCGAUAAACGUAUCGAUAUGCUUCCAAUGUUGUUGGGUACUGAUCUUUGUUCAUUGAAACCGUAUGUCGAUAGAUUUGCCUUCUCUGUCUUAUGGGAAUUAAAUGACAAUGCAGAUAUCGUUAAUGUUAAUUUCACAAAAUCUGUGAUUAAAUCAAGAGAGGCUUUCUCAUAUGAACAGGCUCAACUAAGAAUUGAUGAUCCAAAUCAAAAGGAUGAAUUAACACUAGGAAUGAGAGCCCUAUUAGCUUUAUCUAUCAAAUUGAAACAAAAACGAUUAGACGCAGGUGCUCUAAAUUUGGCUUCCCCUGAAGUUAAGGUCCACAUGGAUAGUGAAACUGCUGAUCCAGGUGAAGUUGAAAUUAAGAAAUUAUUAGCUACUAAUUCAUUAGUUGAAGAAUUUAUGUUAUUAGCCAAUAUUUCCGUUGCAAGAAAAAUCUACGAUGCAUUCCCUCAAACUGCAAUGCUAAGAAGACAUGCAGCUCCACCAUCUACCAACUUUGAAAUGCUAAAUGAGAUGUUACAAAAAAGAAAGAACAUGCAUAUUUCAUUAGAAUCAUCAAAAGCAUUGGCUGAUUCUCUAGAUCGUUGUGUCGAUCCCCAAGAUAACUACUUCAACACACUUGUACGUAUCAUGUCUACACGUUGUAUGAUGGCGGCACAAUACUUCUAUUCUGGUGCAUACUCAUACCCUGACUUCAAACAUUAUGGUUUAGCUGUUGAUAUAUAUACCCAUUUUACAUCACCAAUUAGACGUUACUGUGAUGUCGUUGCUCACAGACAAUUAGCAGGUGCGAUUGGAUACGAACCAUUAAGUUUAGAACAUAGAGACAAGCAUAAAAUGGAUAUGAUCUGUAGAAACAUCAAUAGAAAGCACAGAAAUGCACAAUUUGCCGGUCGUGCCAGUAUUGAGUACUAUGUUGGUCAAGUUAUGAGAAACAAUGAGUCCAUUGAAACAGGUUACGUAAUCAAGGUAUUUAAUAACGGUAUUGUGGUUCUGGUACCGAAGUUUGGUGUUGAGGGUCUAAUUAGAAUAGAGAAUUUAACAGAUGCGGCAGAAGAUGCCGUUUAUGAUGAAUUAGAGUUUAAGUUGUCGUUCAAACCGAAGAAUAGUGAUAAAAUAAGAGAGGUUCAUGUAUUUGAAAAGGUUGACGUUCAAGUCAGAUCAGUGUUGGAUCCAGUAAGCAGUAAACGUAAGGCAGAAUUAUUACUAGUAUAA